AUGGUCAAAGACACAACUUACUACGAUAUACUCGGUGUCGCCGAAACGGCCACCGAAGUUGAAUUGAAAAAAGCGUACAGAAAACAGGCGAUCAAACUUCAUCCAGAUAAGAACGGCAAUGAUCCCGACGCAGCUGCCAAGUUCCAAGAGCUAGGUGAGGCGUAUGGAAUUCUUCAAAAUCCGGAACUGCGGAAACUUUAUGACGAAGUGGGUAUUGAAGGAAUGAAGGAGAAUAAGAUGGCAGCAGACGCUGCUGACAUUGACCCAGCAGAAUUCUUCAAAAUGAUUUUCGGUGGUGAUAGCUUCAGGGACUGGAUAGGUGAGUUGUCUAUGCUCAAUGAUAUGGCGAAGACCGCCGAGAUUUUGGGCGAUAGUGAGGAAGAGAGCGAGAAGACAAGUGAGCAAGCCACCGAUGAUGUCAAUUCAAAGGUCCAGGACUUGUCGGUAAAUGAUAAGAAGGAGGGCGAGACUACUGUGGGAGCACACAUUGGCGAGGGAAGAUAUACGGAACUAAAUGCCGAGAUCGAGAAGAAGAAGAAAGCCAAGAUCAAGAAGGAGCAAAGAGAGAAACUCCAUGAGUUCUACAAGGAGUCGAAGGCAGCUGAAGAGAAAAGAGUUGCUGAGCUUGCUGAGAACUUGUUGAGUAGAGUGGAGAAGUAUAGAUCUGCUGCCACAAACCCAGAUGCAUUGAGACAGUACACAGCUAAGCUUCGGGAGGAGCUUGAGGACUUGAAAGUCGAGUCUUUUGGUAUCCAGCUUUUGCAAUUAAUUGGUAAAACGUACUCCUCGCAAGCCAGGGCAACAAUCCAAGCAUCCAAAACCUUUGGUGUAUCCAAGAUUUACACUUCCAUGAAGACAAAGACAAACAGAAUGAAGUCUGGGUUUCUGAUCAUCAAAACCGCGCUUGAUGCCCAAAUGUCUGCUGAAGAGAUGGUACAAGAGCAAGCCAGGUUAGAGUUGUCCGGCGCUGAACUCACUGAAGCAGAAAAAUUCAAGCAGAUGGAACAGGAGAGAAUCAUGACCGGCAAAUUUUUGAAGACAGCCUGGGCAUCCACCAAAUUCGAGCUUACGGGUGUGUUGAAUAAGGUUUGCCAGAAGGUCCUCAACGACAAGAGUCUAAGCAAGAAGGAGAGAGUUCAGCGUGCUGAAGCUGUCAAUUAUAUCGCUAAGCAGAUGUUGGAGACUCGUAGAACCCCUGAGGAGGACGAGGAGGCUCAGAUCUUCGAGGAAAUGAUGGCCGAAGCAAGUGCCAAAAAAUCCAAGGGUAAGCACGCCAAGAUGAGUGAGAGAGACUUCGAACAGUACUUCCAACAUUAUAAUCCCGAAGGACACGAGGACCCUGAGUUGCACGGUACAGAGAAGAAAUGA